AUGGCUCGUGGUCAAGCGGUUAAGCGUUCUGUGCGCAAGGAUGCUGUUACCCGUGAAUACACUAUCAACUUGCAUAAACGCAUUCAUGGCGUAGGAUUCAAGAAGAGAGCCCCGAGGGCACUGAAGGAAAUUCGCAAGUUUGCUCGUAAAAUGAUGGGCACCGAUGACGUACGCGUCAAUGUGCGGUUGAAUGAGGUGCGGGUUAAGCUGGCGAGGAAGCGCAAUGAAGAUGAGGACAGUCCUCAUAAAUUCUAUACUCUUGUCUCCUAUGUUCCUUGCAGCGAUUUCAAGGGGAAACAAAACAUUAAUGUUGAACCGGAGAAGUAG